AAACAAUUCUUGAUCUAUUGAAAAUACGUUGUGUUUUUCUAUGUGAAUAGAAAAAACGUCAUUGGUUUGAGAAGUUCAUGGAAAUCUGUGAAAUGUGCUCAUCAUUAGGAGAAAAGGUUUAUUAAAAUGCAUAAGGUAUUGGCGGUUUGUGAAUAUAUUAUGCAUGAGAGUUAGAAUGAAAAAAAAUUCGCUCUUUUAUAAAAUUUUUCUAUAGUGGAAGUAUGUUUUCAUGCUUGAUUGGUGAGUUGGGGUUCUAAGGUAUAUUUCAAAAUGGGCCUUUGAAUUGCAUGACUCCGGGCCGUGUGGAGAGUUGACAAUCCUCCAUAUCGUGCGCCUGACGGGGAAGAUGGCCGCACUCGGCCGAUUCUUAUCAAAAUCCGCCGAGAAGAGUAUCCCUUUCUUCGGUACGCUGAAGAAGGUUCCACAAUUCCAGUGGACAUCCGAGUGCCAGGCGGCAUUCGAAGAGCUGAAGAAGUAUUUAUUAACUCCGCAGGUGCUAGCAAAGCCGAUCAAGGGCGAGAAGCUGUACCUUUACUUGGGCGUCAGCCCUGGAGCCAUAAGUUCCGUUUUGUUACGGGAAGAAGGGGAUGCUCAGCGCCCCAUCUAUUAUGUUAGCAGAACUUUGAGGGAUGCCGAGCUCAGAUACUCAGUGGUGGAAAAAACAAUCUUGGCCGUCGUCAACACGGUCAAGAAGCUGAACCAUUACUUCCAAGCCCACGAAGUGGAAGUGAGGAGUCAUCAGCCUCUGAGCAUCAUCAUCAGUAAUCCGACGGCCUCUAACAGGGUCAUCAAGUGGUCUGUCUAUCUGAGUAAGUAUCAGAUAGAGAUGAAGCCGAGGGCAGCAAUCAAAGCUCAAGCCUUGGCCGAUUUCAUGGUGGAAUGUACGGCACGUGACAACAACCCCAUACCAAUGGCGGAGCAGGGAGAGUGGUGGACUUUGUCUACUGACGGAUCGUCAGCUGCAAAGGCUUGCGGUGGGGGCGUGGUAAUCCAAUCACCUGAAGGAUUCCGCUCCUAUCAUGCAAUAAAAUUCCAAUUCAAAGUGUCCAAUAACGAAACCGAGCAUGAAGCGUUACUGAGCGGCCUGAGGCUCAUCCUCAACCUAAAGGCCGAGUACGUCUGGAUCAGGUGCGAUUCGCGCCUGGUCGUCAGUCAAAUCAAAGGGGAGUUCGACACCAAGGAGGAACGGAUGCGUCUAUACAAGGAGGCGGCCUUGGAAUUGCUCAAAAUCCUUAAAGGAUACGAGCUCGUGCAGAUCCCGAGGGCGGAAAACACCGAGGCCGACGUCCUCUCUAAACUAAGCAACGACAGCCCCGAGCACAUCUCCAAGAUGGCUCAUAUUGAAGACUUGGGGUCUCCAAGCAUUCACGUGCAACUCGUCUCUGUUGUCACCGAGGAAGCCAGCGGAUGGAUACUUCUGGCCGACCAUGGUGAAGGACUGUGCCAAGCGCGCCAAGCAUUGAAAGGUAUGCCAAAUUUUCCAGAACAUUCCGGGAAGACCAGGAACCAGCUAUUAUCCCAUCAGCUCGUCGAUUCCCUUUGCUCAUUGGGGGAUAGACUUGAUCGGUCUGAUGCCGAGGGCACCCGGGCACCCUCGAAGGUGUUCAUCCCAACAUGGAGAGAAGAAAAUUAUGAAGCCAAGGAGAACGAGGAAACCAUGGCGGCCGAUCUCAAUUUCGUUGAAGAACGACGAGAACGAGCUUUCCUCAGAGCAGAGAACUACCGAAGGCAAGUCAAAGAAUAUUACGACCGCAAGGUCAGAGCAAGGGAAUUCCGAGUAAGGGACUUGGUACUCAGGAAAAGGGAAGCCAGUCAGCCUACAGAAGGGGGAGAGUUUGCCAAAAGCUACGAAGGACCAUACAAGGUCACAGCUGUGCUCAGGCCAGGCACCUACAAGCUCUCCACGCUUGAAGGUCGCGAACUCGGCAGGCACUGGAACACGCACAAUCUUAUUUCUUUCUACAUGUAAGGCACUGAGAACCGUAACCAGUCGGCCUCGGUAGCUAAAAAAAAAUUCUACUUAAUGAAAUACUCGCUUCCACGCGAAUUCUGUUUUUUGCUUUACGCAGUUUAUAGACGCUGCUUAGCGCUAUCGGGCUCCCACGCCACGAUUUCUUGGCCUCACGCGGUCUUUCGCUUUACGCGAACUAAGUCCCUUUGUGCUCCCACACACAUCACAAGAAACACAUUCCAACCGU